AAAACGACACGCACAAACAUAUGGUUGCAGGCCUUCUCCUCCUCCUCCUCCUCCUCCUCCUCCAAGAAGUGAGUAACUGAAGCCAUUCAAUUCCUCCCAAGCAAUUCAAAAUGGCGAGUUCUCUCUCGCUCUCGCACCAAUUCCUAUGUACAUAUUCGUCGGAAACCAACCAAUCAUCCAAGACACAACCCCUCACCAGAACCCCAAAACGCUCCCUCGCUCUCCGCACCCUCCUCAAAUCCACGUCUCCCAAGAACAGCUCCACUUCACUUCAAAGUUCGCCGGAAGAGCCAAACCCCAUUAUCAAAAAACCCAAAAGGGCGGCCAAUCGGCCCGACCCAAGUCCUCCUUCCCAAUUGUCCUUAUUCAACUCACCCUUGUUCAUUCGGCUUCGUCGUUUAAGAGAUGAGAGCGUCGAGUAUGAUGGGAUUGUUGUGGACAUUUUAUCAAUUGCAUUGCCUGCUGCUUUGGCUCUGGCUGCUGACCCCAUUGCUUCUUUGAUUGAUACAGCCUUUGUUGGGCAUUUAGGAUCUGUGGAACUGGCAGCAGUUGGUGUUUCGGCUUCGGUGUUCAAUUUGGUUUCGAAGUUGUUUAACGUUCCAUUGCUCAACAUUACCACGUCUUUCGUUGCCGAAGAGCAGGCAUUAGUUGGCAAGGCAAAGGAUGGUUCUCAACAGAUUGGUGAUGAUUGCCAGGGUUACAAGGAAAGCAAGAAGCUCCUACCCUCGGCGUCCACUUCGUUGGCUCUUGCAGCUAGCAUUGGCAUUGCUGAAGCUGUUGCUCUUUUUCUUGGCUCGGGUGUCUUGAUGGAUGCCAUGGGUAUAUGUGUUGAUUCACCAAUGCGAAUACCUGCCGAGCAGUUUCUUUCCCUAAGGGCAUUUGGUGCUCCACCUAUUGUAAUUGCACUCGCUGCACAAGGAACAUUUCGUGGAUUUAAGGACACAAAGACACCUUUGUAUGCCAUCUGUGCUGGCAAUGCACUUAAUGCUGUACUGGAUGGUAUAUUGAUAUUUAUUUUUAAUUUUGGCAUUGGUGGUGCUGCGGUUGCUACUGUGAUUUCUGAGUAUUUGAUUGCUGCUAUUCUUUUGUGGAAAUUGAAUACCCAAAUAUCACUUAUCCCUACUAAUAUUGAUGGAAGAAGAAUUGUCCGUUAUCUCAAAUCUGGGGGUCUUCUUAUUGGCAGAACCUUAGCAGUGGUUGUAACUACGACACUAGCCACAUCCAUGGCAGCUAGGGAGGGCCCUGUACCUAUGGCUGGUCAUCAGAUUUGCAUUCAAGUUUGGCUGGCAGUAUCGUUGCUUACUGAUGCAUUAGCUCUUGCUGGUCAGACACUUCUUGCCAGUGGUUAUUCCCAAAAGAAUUAUGAAGAAGCACGCCAAGUGGUUUACAAAGCUCUACAGCUAGGUUUAGUGAUGGGAAUUGGUUUGUCUGGCAUAUUAUUCAUUGGUUUUAAACCGUUUUCUGGCUUAUUCAGCACAGACACAGAAGUCCUAGCAAUUGCAUGUUCUGGUCUAUUGAUAACUGAUGCGGAGACUUUUUGUCAGUUUGUUGCCGGAUCUCAGCCGUUUAACGCUAUAGCAUUUGUUCUUGAUGGGCUGUACUAUGGAGUUUCAGACUUUGAAUUUGCUGCGUAUUCAAUGGUGCUGGUAGGACUGACUUCUUCAGUGUUCAUACUUUUGGCUGCUCCUGUUUUUGGUCUUGCUGGAAUCUGGGCGGGGUUGUUUCUCUUCAUGGCAUUGCGUGUAAUAGCUGGAAUUUGGAGGUUAGGUACAAAAAGUGGACCAUGGAAACUGGUCUGGGAUGAAGGGGAGUUGAAAAGUUAGUGAGAUGGAUGGUCGAUUAUCUAGUAAAGGG